UCAGUCAGUCUGGGUCUGAGGCGGCGAAGGUGCGGCAGGGCGGAGGCGGCGCUGCUCCUCUUUCCAGGUGGUAAUAUCAAGAACAAGACAAAGAAUAUUUUAAAUCACCAUCAAAUAUGGCAAAAUAAAACCAAUGGAUUAUAAGAAUGAAGAUGUGACUGAGAGCUUCUGUACACCUCACCACAAAACAGAAUCAUGAAUAAACUGCAAGACAAUCAGCAGCAGAUGAUACCAUGAAGAGAAGCUUACAAGUCCUCUAUUGCCAACUGCUUAGUAUUCUACUGAUCUGGGCACUGACUGAAGAAGUAGUGUUUGCUGUUCAGGUAUUGUCUCCCAGCGUGACAUCAUCUAGGGGCCUCCUGACAGACAUUAUCAAUAUCUCAGCUAUGGGGACACCAUCUGGACAUAAAGACCAUUACACAGCGAAACCUUUACCCACAACAACUCUUGUGAACUUCCAUUCCACUAGCUCAGUGGAGACCUCUGCUUCUCCUGUUGUCCCCAAGGUAUCCACCAGCAGCCAUCCUAUUGGCAAUAAAGAACCUUACCACUUAUACAAUCAGAGUGUUUUGUUUUCUGGAAAGAUUUACCCCAAAGGGAAAACAUUUCAGACUGUCAAUGACAAUUCCACAGAAUUUACAGAGCCUCAUGUAAAAACAGAACUGCAUUCUUCUACUACCACAAGGAACUGGCCUCCAAAUCAUCAAUUUCUGCCUCAGCCUACAGCUCUCAGCAGUCAUAACAGCACAGUGCCGGUAAAAACCACAGACUCACAUGCUUCUUUUCACAGAGAUAUCUUGGAAGGCCUUAGCAAAACAGAGAAGGGGAGUUUGCCCAAACUGGUAACACAGGAAACCGAUAACACUGUCCUAGUGACUGCCCCAUCAGCACCUCCUGAAAUGACGACAGUGCCUAUCAAAACCCCACGGAAUGGCAUUUGGGAUAUUCUGAGCAAAAAUAACCCUUGGGUCAUCUCAAACCCGAGUACAAACCAGGUACCUUUAUUGUCUAGUCCUGGAAGUACUACAUCAGCAGCAGCAACAACAACAGCACUUGGUCAUUCUGGUCAAACAGACAUAAAUGCCAAUGUUUCUUCAUUUUAUACAACAGGAAGCCCUAGUCAUAGAAUGCCUAUCACACUGCAUCCCUCUGAGCAUAGCACCAGCUUGCCAGGCAAUUCACUCUCCACAGAGUCCUCCACAUGGCUACCAAGUUCUCCUUCCACAGCAACAGGAAACUUCCUAAACAGACUAGUACCAGCUGGAACCCGGAAGCCUGGUAUGCCUGGUAACAUUUCUCAUGUCACAGAAGGGGACAAGCCCCAACACAGGACAACAAUUUGUCUCAGCAAAGUGGAUAUAGCAUGGAUCAUCGUGGCCAUCAGCGUACCUAUAUCCUCAUGCUCAGUCCUAUUAACUGUCUGCUGCAUGCGGAGAAAGAAGAAGGCAUCUAAUCCAGAGAACAACCUGAGCUAUUGGAACAAUGCUAUCACCAUGGACUACUUCAAUAGACAUGCUGUAGAAUUACCAAGAGAGAUACAAUCGCUGGGAACAUCGGAGGACCACCUGUCUGAGCCACGCUCCCCAGCCAAUGGCGAUUACAGGGACACUGGCAUGGUCCUUGUUAACCCCUUCUGCCAAGAAACUCUGUUUGUAGGACGUGAACAAGUCUCUGAAAUAUGACCCUGCCCCUGCUCUAGUAUUUGCAGUUGCAUCUUUAUGGUCCCCAAAUUAUAAAUAUAUAAAUAUAUAUAUUAUAAAUAUAAUCUUUGUGUAACCCUGAAUUAUGAGAAACAUUUUCAGCUCCCCUCCCCCAAGAAUUAUCAGCCUCUUUUUUACAAGUGUGAUUAAAACCUUUACAGACCAAACUUCGGCUUUAUAAAAUAAAAGCAAUUUCUAAGCAAAAACAAAACAAAA